AUGGAACAUAAUGAUUUUGAAUUCCCACCCGAUCCGGUUCACCAUAACUUCGAGCCCUUUCCUUCACUUCAAUCCAUCCCUAUUAGUGUGCUGGCGCAAACCCCGGUAGAUCAACUCCCGCCCACCACCGCUCCGACCAGUGGAAACUACUCCAUUCGCCAAAUCAUGCGCAGUGCCAUGUGCUUUGAGGCUAAAUCCAAUCUAGGGGGCUAUCGCAACAUUAAUCUCGGCCUCGGCGGUGGGGAGAAUUCGGACCGGCAGCCCUACGGCGGCCCCCCCGCCGAUCCCUUCGCGCUCGGGCCGCCGUCCUCCGAUGGGAUAGGCGGAGUGGAAAGGGAAAGGGGCCCGCAGGAGCCGCCAAGCGAGGUGGGAAGGGAAGGAGGUAUGCAAGAGAUUUGGCAACGCGCCAGCCGCAGUCGCCGCUCUCGUGCGGAGUGGACGGAAGGAGAACUUCGGAAUUUUUUUCACUCACUUUCGCAGUAUGGGACGGAUUUCGCAGCAAUCUCUGUACUUUUCCCGGGGAGAUCGAGAGCAGAUGUAAAGCUGCUAUAUCGGCGUGAAAUGCGUAAGCACCCCAAUAGAGUUAGAGUCGCCCUUCAAAAGAAGAAAGACAUUGAUUUGGCCACUUUUGAAAUGUUCUUGAAAGAAAAACGGGCCCGCGAGCAGCCACCGAAAAAAGUCCUUGCUUUGGAGGAAGAACAGCUCCUUCAGCAAAUCGCGCAGGUUGAACCUGCUUCACAGGAUCAUGCCUCAGGCGGUGGGGUUAUGGGGGAUUAUCAAAAUGAUUUUUUUCUGAUGGAAACGCCGAGGGACACUCAGCAUGAGAGCGUCACGACACGCCCAUCAGCAGCUUCAAGCACGAUAAAUAACGACGCAGAGAGUAGCCACCCUCAGCUAUCCUCCUCUGACGUCGAUCAUGGCGCGCCUAGGUCAUUAAAACGAAAGAGAGAAGUCAAUUAUGGGUGUGAUGAGGAGCCAACGUUGCUGGAGAUGGUCCUGAAGCAUCCGAAGGAGAAUGAAACGAUGACGUUGGCUAAGGAAGCGGAUCAUGAAAGAUUAGAUAUGUUUGACUUUACUGAGAGUCCACAAAAUGAAUUUGAUGAUGCAUUUUUGUUUUAA